CCCUGAUCCACCUACAGGUCUCUGCAGGUCCUCGUGGGUCCAGGCCUUCUGUUGUGGUUGCAGUUAAAGCCGCUGCCCGCUGGGCGUCGUACUCCUGCAGCCGCUGGAAGCAGAGAAGAAGAAAACUGGCAGGUGUUCUGAUGGAGGUCCGGUACCAAGGCCUGGCUGAUGACGAUGAUGACAAAGACGAACCGGACACACCGAUAAACAAGAACCAGAACCAGAACCUGAACAAACAACUGCUGAACCACUUCAGACAUCUGGCCUCUACAGACCAGGACACGGACCAGGUGGAUCUGGAGUUUCUGGAUCAGCUGAUCUCAGACGGUGCUGACCCAAACAGCUGUGACCGAUAUGGACAGACCGUCCUACAUGAGGUCUCCCGGGCCUGGAGUGUGGAUGUGAUGCGGUUCUUCUUGGACCGUGGUUCCGACCUCCUUGUUCCAGAUCACUUCGGGGUCACUCCGCUCCACGUGGCCUCUGCUCUGGACUACCAGGACAUGGUUCAGUUCCUGCUGGAGCUGGGAGCUGACCCCGAGGCCCGCACCCGAUUGGACCGUCAGACCCCUCUUCACUUUGCGGCGAAGAAUGACGCCGUGGGCUCCAUCAGACUGCUGCUGAAGGGCGGAGCCUUGAUCAACUGCACGGAUUAUAAACAACGAACGCCUCUGCAGCUGGCAGCCAAUCAGGAACGCAGUGACGCAGCUCACAUCCUAUUGGAACUCGGAGCGGAUGCAGGGCUGAAGGACUCUGACGGACAGCUCUGUAUAACUGCUCUGAUUGGUCGGAUGAGUCCAGUGGCUCAGGUGGCCUUGGACCAGUUCCACGUGACUGAUAGGAUGACCCGGAACCAGUACUACUACCUGAACCUGCUGGAACCAGAACCAGAACCACCUGGCGCUCACCUGAAAGGAGACGCCGCCGUCAGUGAACCCACGUCUCCGCUGGAGGUGGUGGUUCUUCAGGGUAAACUGGAUCUCAUCAUGACUCCAGUUUUUCUUAAACUCAUUCAGAUCAAAUGGAAACUUUUCGGCAGGAUGGGGGCGUGGCUUCUACUCAUCCUCAACUUCCUGUUCAAUGUUUCCUGGACAACCGUCGCCAUUUCUGUGUCGGUCCGCAGAGACUCACCUGAACGCUAUGUCCUGCCCCAGGACUGGUGGAGGAUCCUCCUGGUCCUCCUGGCUCUCCUGCUGACUCUGGAGGAGGUCAUCAGGGAGGUGCAGGACAUCUUGCGCUCCAGGAGGAAGCUCUGCCUCUGGCAGCGGUGGGCGGAGCUUCGUGUCAAUGAUGACUUGCGCUGCUGUCAUCCCAUGUGGCCUCAGGAGAAUGUGUUCCUAUUGGACCAGAGGAAGAUGAUUGACAGGAUGAGAGGAAGCUACUGCAGAGACGUGUGGAACUUCUUUGAUUGGCUGGUGUACUGUCUUCUGGCGGUGUCCUUCGGCGUCCAUCUUGCUGACGUCUUCCGUCCGUCCGACUCUCUCCACACCUCCGCUCUUCGUCUUUUCUCCGUCACCAUCAUCUUCCUGUGGCUGCGACUCAUGAAGCACGUCCGAGCCUUCAGGGUGAUGGGUCCGUUCAUCGUCAUGUUGGGGAGCAUCGUUGGUGACGUGAUGUGUUUCCUGUUCCUGUAUGUGGAGAUCUUCAUCCCCUACGCCUGCAGCUUCUGGAUCAUGUUUGGAGGUUUGCCUACAGUUCCCAGCAUGCAGUCUGUGUGGGGCCUCCUGUACAGCCUGUACCGUAUCACUCUGGUGGACGAGUACGAGUACGACGCCAUGGUGACGGUGGACGGCGUCAUGGCUCCUCUGCUGUGUGGGACGUUCCUCGCCUUAUCGUCCAUCCUGUGUGUGAACCUGCUGAUCGCCCUGCUGACCGACACCUUCCAGAGAGUUCACGAUAACUCCCAGGCCAACGCCGUCAUGCAGCAGGCCUCCGUCAUCCUGCAGGUCGACGACUCCAUGCCCUUCCUCCGUCGUUUCUAUGACAACCAGUACAUCUCCACCCACUGUGCUCCACUGGCCAACACCUAUGAGGAAGGCGCGACAACAAACAGCCGUUACCAUGACGAGAUGGGCCGCAUCACCACAGAGAUCAAAGAAACUCUGGAUGACUUCCUGCUCAUGCAGAAGGAGGCGGGGCCACAUGGAGGUUCUGGGUCACAUGAUCAACCAAUCACCAAUCAUGAAAUCCAGACAGCACAGAACCACCAGGGUCAUCAAAAGAACCAGGACCAGGACCAGAGCCACCUGAACCAGGAGCUGAAGGCAAUCCGGAUGGAGCUGCAGGAGCUCCGGUCUCUGGUCCAGGAACUGGUCCAGACCAGGUCUGAUCAGCUGUGAGCCCAGAGACCUGGGUCCUGGAUUAAAGGGUUUCCACGGUACCCUCUGGGUCA